GCGCGACGGAACGGGAUCGCGCACGUUGACCACAUCUUUAAAACGCACGAGUACGUGCGCGCGUUCUUUGUGUGAGAGCUCGAAGGAGCGCGGGAAGAGUAACCAUGGCAGACGAGAAGCCGAAGGAAGGAGUGAAAACGGAAAACAACGAACACAUAAACCUGAAGGUAGCAGGUCAGGACGGAUCUGUAGUCCAGUUCAAGAUCAAAAGACACACGCCGCUCAGCAAACUCAUGAAGGCCUACUGCGAGAGACAGGGAUUGGCGAUGAGGCAAAUCAGGUUCAGAUUCGAUGGACAGCCAAUAAAUGAAACGGACACACCAGCACAAUUGGAAAUGGAAGAUGAAGAUACAAUUGAUGUAUUCCAGCAACAGACCGGAGGCCUCUUUUAGUUGUCUGACCACCACUUUCCGCCACAUCCGACCGUCCUUGCUGAGCCCCCAGCACAAUCAGACUACUUUUUUGCUACUUGCCCUGUUGUCCCAACAGAGGGCCAUAAAACAGUUUUUGCCAUUCUCAACCAUAUGUAACUCCUGCUGUACAGUGUGUUGUUCCAUUCUUUCUCUUGUUAUCUACCUGUUUUUGUACAUAAGCUAUGUCAUAGGAACUCUGUUUGUCCAUGCCCUGCUGUGGCAAGUGUUACAGGACCUGAUUCAGAUUCAGAGGGUUUGUUCCUUGGUUGCAAUGAUCAGGUCUGUUCACAGAAUGAGAUGUAGUUCGCUUUCACCCCAAAUAGUCUGUUUUCUAAGUUCCAACCAUUCGUCAGAAUGAUCAUGGUUUAGGCGGUGUGGUGUGCUCUCACACAGCUAAAAUAAAGCCGACCACAUUUUGUAAACAAGA